AUGCGUGGAUGGUACUUUCUCGCAAAUUCUAUCGGUUUACUUCUCCUUUGGGCAACUUCUGUUGUCGGAGAUGAAGAUGUCCGUAUUCCGGCGAAUAGUGACAUGAUAUUAUACGACCCAGGGUGGUCGAACAUGACCGGAAACCCUGGAUAUCAGGUAGCAGUGAACGGCAGUCUCUACUUCAUGUACUAUGGUUCCAACUUUUCGAUUCAUUAUUCGCCGCCAACAUCUGCUGCUCAAAGGUCUCUUUUCAUGUGGAUUGAUGGGAAAAUUCCGAUAGACUUGAUAUCAUCGGCUGAUAUUGCCGGUGUGUCGUCUUGGAAUUCUUCGCUCAAAGAGUAUCCUGUCACGUUGACCACUGCCAAUCAUCAAAUCUACCUGACGACGUCGAAUAGCGACGUUAUUGACCCUUGUAUCCUUGCUGGGUUCGAAGUCCACAGCAGUGACGGCCAUAUAACCCCCAGCGCGUUCGGUAUGGCGUCCACGCUAUAUCCUGACGUGAACAUUGUAGACUCUUCUUCCUUGAGCUACAAUGGCGAUUGGAUGACUGACGACGAGUCGUGGUUCUCGCACAACAAGACACUCAAGACAACCACAUCUGUCGGGGCGAGCGUGUCAUUUACUCCGCCAGAGAUAUAUUCAUCUAUAAUCGUCUAUGGAACAGCUCCCGUCGAAAGUACAAUGGUAAACAUCAGCUAUAGUAGCGGGUCACCAGACGACCCAUCGCCGAUAAGCUUUCUCUGGAAUGCCAACCUCAAUUACGGUGGUUUGAACAGAAGUAUCGUUCGCGCUCAAGUCUGGACAGGCCGGGGAGAUACCCCUGCCAUUCGGGUUUUGAACAUUACUUUGGCACAAGGAACCUUUGCCAUCGACUUUAUCGGGCAUGUCACGCUCCAGGCAAGCGAUGUCCAAUACCCGUCCUCGGCCCCAUCUUCACCCCCGAACAAGGGCAUGGCACCCGGAAUCGUGAUACUGACCUCCUUGUUAUCUCUCUGUCUGGCGCUAGUCCUUUCAUUUGUAGGGUAUCGCAUCUGGAAAAGGCACAAGCUCAAGGUCAAUGAUGAAGCCGCUAGCAAGCUUGUUUCUGUGUCAAAUGACGAUGAGAUCGUACUGGACGAUGUCCCGAGGCAAGGACACUCGCAACCUCACCAAAGUCCCUUAUUGGAGGAAAGGUCAUGGCAAGCACCACCACCGGUACCUUCUCUUCAUCGACGUUCGCUCUCUCAAGUAGAGCUUCAGCCUGCAGUAGAGAUCUCUCAUACUGUGCCAUCCUUGGACCCACAUGGUUCGAUACAGGACACGGUGCAAGAACAUGCGUCCAGCUCCCAAGUCAACGAACUUCCUCCGGCAUGGAGUCCACCACCCCCUUCAUAUCAGACCGUCUCAGCAAUGGUGACGGAUCACCGUGCUGCGAGGGGGAUGAUGCCAUUGUCCCAAGAUCUUCUCGAGCGACUUUUCGAACGCGUCGCCGAGCUGAGGAGAGGAGAGAAUGUUCGUCACGACGAUUUAGACGAGGAUCUCGAAGCUCUAGCUCAGCGGAUAGCAGGGAUUGAGACUGCGCCUCGAAUAAUUAAACGAUAA